AUGCUGCAUAAACUUGUAAAAGGAUCCUUUAAAUGCUUCAGCUGUAUGUCUCGUUAUUAUGGUGCAACCUGGCAAUUCGCCGGUUACAGUCGAAUCUAUAUGGAGCCACGUUCCUUUACAGACUACUGCAGCAAUCCAUAUGAGCGUGGUACGGAUGUUCCAUACACGUUUUGCGAGGACUCCAAUAAUUGUAUUUCAAUGGUUGAGGACCUCAAAAUCGGCGUUGGUGCACAUGGUCACAUCCGUGGCUGUUGGUCGUCGAUUUUUUUAUGGGGUUUCAACCGGACUGGUGCAGCGGGUGCACUACGCAACCAUCAGUUCUGUCAUGAAUUCAAUCUUUCACAAAUUAUCGCCGGCGGAAAACCGUUCGAAUCUGAACUCAGGGUGUGCUCAUGCGCCGGCAAUUUGUGCAAUGGCGUUUCAUCGUCUGGAGUGCCGUAUGGAACGAAGAGCCUUCUCACAGCUGCCGUUAUUUCAUGUUCUCUUAUCGCAUUCCUUUUGAGGAUCGUUUAA